GAGAGAAAGCAGAAAGCAGAGGUUAGUGAAGGGGAAACAAGCUAAAGAGUCAGCAAGAAUAAGGAACAAACUGACUGAUAUUGACAAGAUGCUUGCUCUGAUUUGGGUAACUCUGCUCUUUACUACAACAGGCAUGCCAGGUUUAGUACAAAGCGAUAACAAGACAUGCGAGGACAAAACAUUCACUCCUACUCUAAAACCAACAAACCAAACAGCAGCAGCUGGACAAUGUGUCGUUUUAGAAUGUUCAUUUGAAAAUAAUGUCACCAGCUUUACUUGGUGCAAAAAUGGCCAAUCUGGAGAAUGUAACUUGCAAAUAUUUAACUCAAGCAACAAUAGUACAGUUGACUCUAAAAUUUUAGGACGAGUGACUAUGCUGGAGCCUGAUCUAAAGAAGAAGAACUGCAGCAUCCUCAUCACAAACCUUACAACUACAGACACUGGAGUUUAUAAAGUCAAAGCUGAAGCUGCAAACGGCUGCACAUAUCUUUCUGAAACAAACAUUACUAUUGAAGUUCAGGAAAGAAAUGUCACUUUAGAGAUCGCCCCUCUGAAGAACAAAAGGUACAUCACUUUGACCUGUUCUGUUCCUGGUUCCUGCUCUGGAUUUAAACCUCAGUUCACCUGGACCUACCAAAAAGCAGCAAAGACGGACAAUCCCACAAUCAUAGUCAAUAACACUGAAUUUAUGAUUAAUAUGAUGGAUGCCUCACAGAGCCACACCUCAAGCCUGACUUUUAAAGCCUCAUCUGAACAUCACAAUAUGAACGUUACCUGCAGGGUCGGUUUUCCUGGCAACACAUCAAAAGAGAAAACUCUUAACACGAGCUUUUCUCCCAGGAUCAGCAACAGCUCUGGCUGUCAGAAUCAGUCAAAUCUCCUGACCUGUGUUUGUAUCAGUGAAGGGUUUCCUUCACCAAACAUCACUUGGCCGCUGUUGAACAAAAUCUUUGAGUACAGCCUGUCAACCAAUCGCUCAGCGCUCUCAGUUACAAGUAUCAUGACUGUGUCUUUAGAGCAAUUUAUGGACAAGACUGUUGAGUGUGUCAGCAGUAAUAAUAUUGGUGACACUAAAGAAAGCUUUUCCAUCUCAGAAGUAAAUCGGACAAGAAAUUCAGAAGUCGUAGAUAUUCCUGACAAAUCAAAACUAAAUAUUUUUAGUCAUUUGGUAGAACUUUUUAAAGAAAAGAUGAUUUCUGUCCUGAUUGUUUUUGGGGUUGGAUUUCUGACCGGAUCAUUGGUUACAACCUUGAUUGCUUGCCUUGCGACAAAAUGCCACAGGAACAAAAAGAAGAGCUCUCAUCUUACUGAUGAGCUGGAACUGGUAAACACUGAUGUUGUUCUCAAGGUUUGGGAUAAUGAGGUACGUCACGUAGAGAAUAAUGGUAUCCUCGACAUACAGGAUGAUGGCGCCCUAGUCUUCCAGGAUGAUGCGACCCUAGUCUUCCAGGAUGAUGCGACCCUAGUCUUCCAGGAUGAUGCGCCCCUUGUCUUCCAGGAUGAUGGGACCCUAGUCUUCCAGGAUGAUGGCAUCCAGAACCAAGCAGCUGCAGAAUGUGGAGAGGAGCUUCAUGGGGACUUGACAGACUCAGAUAUGUCACCAAAGGAAACUGUGUACUCGGACCUUGACUUCUCUGCACUGAAAACGAAGAAUCCUGCAGAUGCCAAAGAGAAGGAGGAUACGAAAGAGACUGAAUAUGCUGAGAUCAUGAGAGGGGAAAUGGAGGAGUCACAAGAAAACGAAGGAAUGGACUGCGAAAUGUUGGAGGGAAAUGAUGAGACGGAGGUGAUGAUGGAGCAUCAGGAGGAGGCAAAACAGAUUGUGGUGGCUGAAGAGUUAGUAGGAGAGACUGACCCACUUUAUUAAUACAAAAAUUGACUCAUGGAUGAGAACUGAACACUGUACAUGAGUUUAAAAAGCGUACAUCUUUCCUCUUUAUAGUAGACAGAUUUGCAUGGGAGAGGCAUUUCUUGCAUUUUUGCUUAUAUUUAGAACAAGUAAAGCAAGAAGGUGGGUGAAUAUGUAAUGAGCUCUUGAACAAAAAAAAAUUGAGCUUGUACAAAAGAAACGGUAGGAUGAAGGCAAAUCAGAAAAAAGCUUGAAUCCUUUGGCAGUUUGCAUUUCAACACCUUCAGCACCUAAUUCGUCCUCUGACUAGUCGAAGAUGAUCAAGCUGAAGAAUGGAAAGUUACAGUAUAUAACAAUGUUUCAGGUUAUGGUAUAUGGCUGCCUGGUGUAUUAUCUUCACAAAGCAAAAAAAAAAAUGCACGUCAGGUUCCAGUCAAGCUUCUUUUUACAAAACAAAUACUUUUAAGUAGUAUUUUUUCACCAAAAAAUAUAUUUUGACAAGCUAUUAUGUGUGUUAUGUUUACUAUGUAUAGAGUAUCAUCUGAAAUAAAAUGUGUCUUUCUUUAGGCAAUACCUUUGUUGCAUGUACACUUUUGCUGCAAUAAACUGAGACGUUACACUUCA